AUAAUUAAUGGUGCAAUGAUUGAGUCCAACGUGAGUCUGAGUUGCGCGUGGUGCUCUGGAGGAGAUGACGGGAGCAGCGCGCACUUGGAUGAGAGUCACUCAGAACACAAUCUGAGUCCGACCGGACACUUGGUGGUCGCCGUGUGCCUUGGAUUCAUAGGAACUUUCGGGUUUCUCAACAACACGCUCGUUCUCAUCCUGUUCUGUCGCUACAAAAUGCUGCGGUCGCCCAUGAACUAUCUUCUGAUGAGCAUCUCAGUGAGUGAUCUGCUGGUGUGCGUCCUCGGCACCCCGUUCAGCUUCGCCGCCAGCACGCAGGGCCGGUGGCUCAUCGGACGCGCGGGAUGCGUGUGGUAUGGCUUCAUCAAUUCAUUCCUGGGCGUCGUGUCUCUAAUCUCCCUGGCGGUGCUCUCAUACGAGCGCUACUGCACCAUGAUGGGGGCUACGCAAGCCGACUCUAGCAAUUACAGAAAGGUGGCCAUGGGUAUUGCCUUUGCCUGGAUAUAUUCCAUUAUUUGGACUCUUCCACCACUGUUUGGAUGGAGCUGCUAUGGUCCGGAGGGCCCUGGCACCACCUGCAGCGUCAACUGGGCCGCCAGGACAGCCAACAACGUGUCUUACAUCAUCUGUCUAUUUAUCUUCUGCCUUAUUCUCCCUUUUAUGGUGAUUGUCUACAGCUAUGGCAGACUCCUUCAGGUUAUCACACAGAUGAGCAGGAUCAAUACAGCGGUGAGUCGUAAGCGGGAGCAGCGUGUUCUCUUCAUGGUGGUCACCAUGGUGGUGUGUUACCUGCUGUGCUGGCUGCCCUAUGGGAUCAUGGCCCUGCUUGCCACGUUCGGGCAUCCCGGCUUGGUCACACCAGCAGCCAGCAUCGUUCCUUCUCUGUUAGCCAAGAGCAGCACUGUCUUAAACCCUGUCAUCUACAUCUUCAUGAACAAACAGUUUUGCAGAUGUUUCCAUGCGCUCGUAAUGUGCACCACCCCAGUGAGAGGCUCCAGCUUUAAAAUCUCCUCCAAAGUCACCAAAACUCUCAGGACAGUGCGACGUGCCAAUGGCCAGAAUGUGACCUUCGCGGUGGCCUCAGCUGGCCAUCCUACUAUCUUUGCUCCUAACAGCGGUGGGCAGAAAAGCUCCUCAGUGGGUGAGAAACCAUCUCCUGCUGCGGGCCAGGGCACCAAUAGACCUGUUGUCUCUCUUGUGGCCUAUUACAAUGAUUGAGCUCCUAUGCUCAGGCCAAACCAACAUUAAUACAGUGGAAUUAGAGGUUAUAGAGGUCAUCGAUUGCGUAAAAAGAAAGUGGGCGUAUCUUGCAGAGCAAUGUGGAACUAGGACAUGCCCCUCACUGAUGAUUAUGUGAUGUUGCAUGCAUGACCUUUCUGGGGGAAAUAAAAUAGUAAUGGAUAUUGAAAGUGGACCGCUGGAGAAAGGAAUGACACCCCAGAACAAGUUUGAAACAUGCGUAUGGAUCUAACUAUUAAUUUAGCUUAUGUUUCUUAUGAGUCCAGGAUGUGCUCUCAGAUUUUGGUGAAUGGUCUCUCUCUUUUUUUUUUUUUGUUAUAUUUAUGGGGUACAAUGGAGAGAUGACAGUAAAGUAUUGGAGAGAGGGAAGCGGGAUCAGCAAAGGACCUCAAGGCGGAAUUCGAACUUGGGUCGCUGUGAGCACAGUUGCGCUAUAUGUCACACACUAACCACGAGGCUAUUGGCGCCUACAUAGUAGCUCUCUUUGAAAAGUUUUUUUCCUCAAUAUUUUACUUUGACAAGAACACUUUUGCUACCAGUUUCUUACAGGUUUGAACAACCAGUGUAACUCAGAUUGUUUAAAAUGAUACUUUUGUUACUCUUCUUAAUAAUUCUGUUCAUCGUGUGGACAUGUACAAGUAAUCUAAGCACAUGAGGACCUGUUUGUUAAAGGAAUGGUUUUACCCAAAAAUU